CCAUACCCUUUUUAUAGGCGAGCACAUUGCACCGGUAAAAGACUUCACAGAUAGACUCUCUCCACACCCUUUAAAAUUCUCUCGCGCUCGCUCAUCUCUCUCUCUCUCUGUAAUCCUUGAUUUCUGUUUGAUUUGAUUUUAUGGACAAAGGAUGGGGUCUAACCCUUGAUUCCGACUCCCUCGGCUUCUUCCUUAACAAGCCUCCUCCUUCCGCUGCUCCUCCUCCUAAUAAGAGAACAAACCCGUUUGGCGGUGGUGAUAGGAUGUUUUCCGGUAUUGAAUUCCCAGUCAAGUCGAGGCCGGCCGAUGAGAACCGCGUGGCCGUUGACGAGGUCGACUUCUUCUCUGACAAGAACAAGAACAAGAACAAGAAUGAUGAUCAAGAGUUGAAAGCCGGCAACAAUACCAGUGUCAGUGUCAAGAAGGAGAACUGGUCUGGUUUGGACGCUGUAAACACUGGCUUGCACCUUGUUACUGUAAACACCGGAAGUGAUCAAUCGACGGUGGAUGAUGGGGUGUCAUCUGAUCAGGCGGAUAAUAAAAGAGCAAAGAAUCAUGAGCUGGCACAGUUGCAAGUUGAGCUCCAGCGUAUGAAUGCUGAGAAUCAGAGACUGAAGGAAAUGCUUGGUCAAGUGACCAACAACUACAAUGCUUUACAGAUGCAUCUUGUGGCAGUAAUGCAGCAACAGCAGCAAAGCCAAGCCGCGGCUGACCAAACCUCACAGGAUCAUGAUCAGAAUAUUGAAGGAAAGUCUGAGGAGAAGAGACAUGAGAUUGGAUCAUCAGGAUCAUUGGUGCCUAGGCAGUUUCUGAACUUGGGUCCAAGGGAAGAAACAAAAGCGGAUAAUGAUGUUUCGAAUUCUUCAUCCGAAGCCAGAACUCGAUCAGCUUCACCUCAGAAUAAUGUUAGUACUAAUGGCAAAAGGGUUGGUAGGGAAGAGAGUCCCGAGUCUGAAACACAAGGCUGGGGGCCUAACAAGGUAGCUAAGCACAACUCCCCACCUAAGCCGAUUGAUCAGGCCACCGAGGCCACCAUGAGGAAAGCUCGAGUCUCAGUUCGAGCCAGAUCGGAAGCUCCUAUGAUCACUGAUGGAUGCCAAUGGCGAAAAUAUGGACAAAAGAUGGCGAAAGGAAACCCAUGUCCUCGUGCUUAUUAUCGGUGUACCAUGGCCGUUGGCUGUCCAGUUCGUAAACAGGUACAACGUUGCGCAGAAGACAGGACCAUUUUGAUCACAACUUACGAAGGCAACCACAACCACCCGCUGCCUCCUGCGGCAAUGGCCAUGGCAUCCACCACUACUGCAGCGGCUAGCAUGUUACUUUCGGGGUCCAUGUCAAGUGCAGACGGGAUCAUGAACCAGAACAAUUUGCUAGCACGUGCCAUUCUUCCAUGCUCAUCAAGUGUGGCAACAAUCUCAGCCUCAGCUCCAUUCCCUACUGUCACAUUAGACCUCACCACCAGUCCACCAUUACAGUUCCAAAGACCACAACAAGGCCAGUUCCAGCUGCCUUUCCCAGGACAGCCCCAGAACUUCGGACCAUCAGCCUCAAACCCUCAACUGCCCCAAGGUUUUGGACAAGCCCUAUACAACCAGUCUAAAUUCUCCGGGCUUCAACUCUCGCAGGAACUAAUGAACUCGACAUUAGCGCACCAAACACAACAACAACAGCAACAACAACAACAAGGUCAACCAUCCUCGUUUGCUGACACCGUGAGUGCUGCCACAGCUGCCAUCACUGCUGAUCCGACCUUCACUGCCGCCCUAGCCGCCGCUAUCACCUCCAUUAUCGGCGGAUCGUCUCAUCCCAACAACAACAACUCCACAACCUCAAACAAUAGCAAUGGCGGCAACAAUAACAACAACAAAAUCGACAGCUUCCCGGGAAACUAAAUUAGAAUUAGUGGGACAUUUGUUUGUUCUUUUUUUCUUUUUGUUCAAAGUGUCAGUCUGGUUCUUUGGGGGGGAAGGAGUUAACAUGUUGAUACCGUUUUGUUCUUUCUUGUGGGGAGGGUUAGAUCGAUCACUACAACUUCAUUCUUUCUUAUUUGUUUUGUUUUGAAUAAUUUGAUUCAAAAUUUUCAGUAAAUACACACACAGAGAGAGAAAUAUUAGCUUAUAUAACUAUGUAUUUACCUAUUUACUAUCCUAUAUCAAUGACAAGCAGUAGUUCUUUUGUGUUA